CUCGCUCCCGCGCUCCGCGUGCACCGGCUUCCGCGGGGUUCGAUCCUUCCGAUUGGCUCUGUCGAUGUAACUGCCUUGACGAAGGGGAACGCUCGUCCGUGGACUGAUCGGUGCGAGGUCACGAAAUUAGGGUGGGAAUCGUUGAUCCGAUGUUCAUUACAUCUUUCUGUGCAGACGGGAACGGGGGAACUGUAAAUCGUGCCCCAAAUGUUACGAUGCAGUAAAACGGGGUCGAGUAAACGGGAAUACUUAAAUGGGUCAAUGUCAAUAUUGUGCCGUGAAUAGGAAGAUCGUCAACUCUGUCCAGUUCAGUAGUCUAAAUAUUUACAUGAGCGAGACACGUAGAAUAACUCCGAAGGUUUGGAAUUUGUGAAAAUUAAAAUCUGGGCGGUUCGGUUAUUUGAUUUCGAAACUUUUGGAAACAGGGCUCGUCGAGACUUAUGUUCUCGUGACUAAUUGCGCGGUUCCAGUAAAUAAAUGUAUCCGUGAAAACUGUAAUUACUGAGUGUUAAUCCAAGUGCGCGUACGUGGCCAUAUCCCAGUCGAGAAACUCAAACGAAUUAGAAAUAAAAAGUGUUUAUGUGCUCCGUUAUCAACGUACCGGAAAACUGGACGAAUGCGUUUCCAGGUCACUUUGACAAUGAGAUAUGAGUAAUGUUUAAACAUCGUAAGAGCCCAAGAUGCCUGAAACCAUUAAGAGCACAUGCGAGCAUGUGACGAAAGUGCAUAUGAAAAAGUGCCUAAGGGACCUGAUUUCAGCUGUAUGAAACACAAUUCGAGGACAACAAUUUCCAGAGAUUUGUAGAACCUAUCCAUUGUAUAAUAAAUAAACGUCCCAUAAUCGAGCAGCGUCUAGAAGGUGCAUUGAAAUCGAAUUACACGCGGUAGAAAUAAAUAUCUGCAUCUCGACUGGAGAGGGAAAAUCGGAGAAAGUUUCCGAAAGAUUGCCCAAUUUUAUUCUUAAUAACAAUGAGGACGUGGAAAUAAACAAAGUAGGAAGAAAUAUGCGUUGAGUUUGAAUGCAAGGGUUCGCGAGAUAUCGGCCGAAAAAUCGGGAUCCAAGAUGGCGAUGAACAGUCCGGGUGGAUAUCCGAAAUCCCCGAAGAGCCCGCGACAGCUUCCCCAGCUCCCGGUGUCGGUCCAAAAAGGGAAUUGCCAAACCGGUCAAAAAUCCCCGAGCACCCCUCGAGUCUUCGAAUUCCCCCCGGAAUACUAUCCGGAGACUCCGAACAGGAAUUUCGACUUCGAGGACUUCGCUAAGAUCCAGGACCAGCAGGAGCCGAAGAGCCCGAACGAGUACGCGAGCUCGGUACACUCCUCCGGGAGUAAAUCGGCGAUAUUCCAGUUCUGCAACCCGAGGAAGAACGGCCAGAAGGCCCAUUAUCUCCCAAAAAGUCCUCUAAGUCCCGGCCUGACGAGCAGAUCUCCAAGUUCCUCGAGUUUCGGCCAGAAGAGCCCGAAGCCUUUCGACAGACGCAGGAACUCCUGCUUCAGCUUCGGACCCAGAAGUCCGAGGUCGCCGACGAUCGUCACCCAAGAUGGACGAAGUCCUAUGUCGCCCACAAUCGUCACCCAAGAUGGACGAACUCCGACCAGCCCUAAAUAUCCUGACGUCCAGGACGUCCAAGACGUCCGGUCACCUAGGGAAAAGCGGAAGGACCUCGAGCAAUACCCCCAGGAGGGUGGGAAAUUUUAUACCGCCGGAAAGAGUCCUGGACUUCGCCAGGACAGGGACAGCCCGAAGAAGACCACCAUGGGAGGCCAUUUCAACCGAAGCCAGGGGUGCUUGAACGAGACUGCGAGAAAUGAUGAAGGGGACUCCAAGAAGACCGAAAAGGCCAUGGCCAGGAGGUCCACCAGCGAUCUUACCGAUAGAGGAGAUGCCGAUACCGAGGUCACCGUUCUGUCCAGCCCUAGGAGGAGAGGGUCCAUGAAAGGAGGUCUAGCGUAUUUGGCUUCACGGCGUGGCUCUCGGGACAGCCAAGCAUCGAAUUUGUCGAACAUCAGCAACGAGGGUGUUGGUCCUUUGAACUUCAGUGCACAUCCACGAGGACGACAGAGAAGGACGUCGAACUUCUUAGAGCUGCCCGUCCCGGAUCAUAUCAGACCUCGAGUACACAGUUUACCGGAGAAGGCAUACAAUCCAAGAGCUGGUGACGAUUUGUACAGACUGAGGGCUUUCAGUAUUACCCACAAAGGUGUCGUCAAUCGUGGCGACUCCAUUAUCUCAAGACGCAGCAGAAGCAACACUUCCGUUAACAGCAGUAGAAAUAGCAACGUAUCCGGGGAGAGAUCCCCUUUCGAUGGUUCUUGCUGCAGCGGCCAAGGUGGAGCCGUGGAAAGUACGGAAAGCGAUGCCGAAGAAAUCCCAAAGUACAGAGUCGUCCUACUUGGUGAUUCCGGAGUUGGGAAGACCGCCUUAGUUUCGCAAUUCAUGACCAGCGAAUACAUGAACACGUACGACGCGAGCUUAGAUGACGAAUUCGGAGAAAAGACAGUUUCCAUUCUACUGGAUGGUGAAGAGUCGGAUAUGAUCUUCAUCGAUCAUCCCCACGUGGAAAUGAGCGUGGAAAACUGCAUGUCCACCUACGAGCCACAUGCCUGCAUCGUCGUCUACUCCAUAGUCUCGCGUGGGAGCUUCCAAGUAGCUGAAGAGACCUUGAACUAUCUGUGGAGGGAACACUAUACUCAAGAGCGAUCCGUAAUAGUUGUCGGAAACAAAGCAGACCUCCACAGAAGCCGAACCAUUUCGACCGGAGAGGGCACGCAAUUAGCGACAUCGCGGGAGUGCAAAUUCAUAGAAACGUCCAGCGGAAUUCAACAUAACGUCGACGAACUUUUAGUCGGCGUUUUGAAGCAAAUUCGACUGAGAGAGACGAGAGACAAGAAACUGCGAAGACAAGGCAGCAAGGGGAAGAUGUUGUCAAAGCUGCACAACAGCAAAACGGCUUUGAGCUUGAAUCGUGCCAAAGAAAUCUUCAGUAAGAUCUGCUUGAACGACAACAAAAGCAAGAGUUGCGAGAACCUCCACGUUUUGUAGAAGGAAAAGCGACCUUAAUUCUCUGAAAUUCAAAUAAAAGCGUCAAAGUAAAAUCAGGAAAAUAGUAAGGAAAAUGCCCUUUGUCAAAUGCAAUAGACGGAAGAGGAAACAUCUUGUAGAUGAUGUGUGAAUCAUUAGCAUUACUACGUUGCGAAUUAACCCUCUGGCUACUUAGAACGCCUAAAGGCGCCCGACGUUUGGUCCAAUAUUGCCUGCACGGUCAGACGAAUUUCGCCCAUAUGUCGAAAUGGCUCCGUCUUCAAAGGGUUAAGUAAAGAGUUGUGCAUCAUGGCGCUCCUGAAAACAUUUUUAUUUAAAUAAGAUCUUGUCGAUGAGAGGAAAUAAUGAGCAAAUUUUUGAAUGCCAAACGGGGGUGUAGUCUUCGAAAUUCAAUAAAUAAUCACGGGAAUGUGGUAUAGAGGACAGUCAACUUGGAGACUAAUUAUUUGGGAUUUUAAAUCAUCUGCAUAACCCUUGAUAUAUGAUAUAUUUUUAAGUGGAAACUUAAGUACUGAUUUUACACGGUGCAAUUUAUUAAAUAAAAUAAUAGAGAAAGUGCGUUAGAAACUUGUUCCAGGAGCAUAAUAACCUAUAUUGACAGAUUGUUAUAUAUUCGGCAUUUGGCAGAUCGUAUAUUAAUUUUGAAUGCGAAUUAAAUAGAUCAAUUUCCAAGUUGAGAAAACGACAGAAACUUACAGAGAAGAAUUUUAUAAAAUGAUUCUAUUGUUUGUAAAAUGUAUCGCGGCGGUUUCAGAAUGAUUUAGUUAAGUAAUAUAUGUUAAAAUGAUGAUAAACAAUCCAUAAUCGGGUGUAGGUAAUAAAGAAAUGGGCUCUUUCCUAGUCGCAAUAAUAAAAAAUAAGAAACGAACGUGAGGAGUCCAAAAUCUGGCAAAUGGACUUAUUUAAAAUUACCCAUUUCGAUCUGUGCAAACUUGACAUCAAAAUAUCUGAACAUGUCGUUAAUUAUAAAUUAAUAUUUUCCAUACUUUAUGAUAUCGGUAGCAAAAUGUAAAAUAUCUUGCAACUGCGACUCUCAAUACUACGCACUAUACAUAUCAAUACAACAAAAUAUCGUUCUAAAUUAUUCACGUAAGGAAAUGUGAAUAGAUGGAAAAACUAUUCUAUGAUAAUUAACGUGGAAGCAUAAUUAUUAAAACACUUAUCUCCUGUACUCUCGAAAUGUCGUUCAUGAGGGAGAAAUAUUUAUGAAAUUCAAAUUGUAUAAGACUUGUACCAUCAUAACUUAAAAAGUACUUAAAGAAUAUUUCAGAACGGACGAUACUUUUAUGCAAACGACAAGCAUUGAAAAAUAAUAUGUAAACAAAUAUCCUUUAUCUUAAUGUCAAUAACUUGAGAAAAAUAUUAGAAUGAGUGCUAACAUAAUACACAUACUCUUUGAGAAGUCAAUUUAAGGUAAAGAAUAUACCUGAACGGUGUGUUAUUACGUAUAUGCAUGUACAUUUUGUUAUUGGUUUUAUACUUGUCACAGAACUGAAGAUUUUAAUAAUUAUUUUUGUAAGAAUUUAAUGUGUGGACCCAUAUUACCAAAACUGCUUAACAUGUAAUCACGUCUCAUAAAAUAUUUCCAAUAUCAAAUCGUUACUAUUUGUAUCAUUUGCUUUAAUUUUUAUAUAUAUUAAGUGCAUAUCAAGCGCUUUCGAUUAAUUUAAAAAAAAAAUAGUACGAUUCAUAUAUAAUAUUUUCAUUCAUUUUUCACUCAGGAUUUCAGAAUAUGUAAAAUAUGACAAAAUGUGCAAUCAUUUUCGUCAUAAUUUGCAAACAGAACGUUCUUAUAGAGACGAUGGCAGAUAAUGGGAACACACCAUCUGUGUGCAAUGCAGUGAAUUGAUUAAGCAUUAGAAAUCAAUGUGCGUCACUUUACGCACCCCUUAAUGAGUAGUAUAAAUUAGUGCUCGCAUAUUAUAAUGGUAAUCAACGUUAUUAACAUAACUUCGGAACACGUGCAUCUACAACUACCUAUCGAUGUACUCUCGCUCUUUAAAGAGUACCCGAACGUGUUAAUUAAUUUGUACAUUUAACACUCUGUACAGCAACCAUUUAAAAAAAAGAACGUCAAUAACAAUUUCAUAAAUAUGGGCUGAAAUUAAACUAACACUAAAUUUAAAAGCCAUUCCAUUUUCUCGGCUGGAUUUAAUACACUGAAGUGUUUUUUUUUUCACAAUUAUGGAAUUGUCAUUUUUUUUAAUAAGAAUGGGUUUUAAGAUUGCAAGUUUUCGAAUGAUGGAGGAAUAAUAAUUUUCCAGUUCUCAUAUUUUGACCGACGUGGCUGUCCAGUAUAUUAGGUUUACAUAGGUCUUUUUAUAAAUUGCGAAUUAUAAAAUAUAUCUUCAAACGUUAUAUAUGAUAAUUAUCUGUAAUACCUUUGAAAUCAUUUCGAAUACGGAUAUAUCUAUUAUCAGGUAUCUUUUUGAAAUUUUGUACAACAUUUUUUUCAUACUUCCCAUUUCCCUAUAUGAGGGGAUUGCACUUGCACAAAUAAGCGAACGAAAGUUUGAAAAAAAAAAAAGGGAAUUUCGCAUUCCUAAACAUUCCUUUUCUACUUACGAAUUUUGACUGUCAAUGGACGCUGGAUUCGUCCGAAAUGACGCUGGUCGUCUCUCCACUUUUUACUGCAAACAAAAAUAUAUUUAAGUAGUACGUUAAUGUAUAAUCUUAAAUGUAACAAUAUAUUAUGAACUUCUCGAUUAAAGGUAGGAAAAUAUUGUUACCCACGUAUUAUUCAAUAUUAGAAACAUAAAGACCAAUAAGUUGUGGUUGUAACUGAGAUAAGUAGUUGUUAAUAAAUUGUACCCGUAAUUAGUUAACAACAAAACACGUAAGUAACAAGUAGAGAAAGCUAUUUAGUAACAAUUACCUCGUUUCACGGACAGAAUUUAAUUUUGCAAAGUAAAUUCGGAAUUAUUUAAUAGUUUAGCAAUUAUAUUCGGAUGUCAGAAUAAGUUUCGCCUACGUUUACACAUUUAGCGAUAAGAGAAUGCGCUACAUAAUUUACUAUUGUAAUGAAUUACAGUGAUUGUUACUACAUAUUUUCUCUGUUGAUACAAUAACUGGUGUGUAUUUUCUAUACUAGCUAUAAGUAGUACAUAACUAAUAGUCCUUAAAAUAAGUAUGAAAUUAUUUAUUACAUUCAUUUAUUGUAAUUAUAAUGGUUGAUUACUGUAUAUGAUUAUAAUUUGAAUAGUGAUUAUGUACACUGAUAAAAGAGAGAUCCGCCAAUCCCUAAAAGCUCAGACACCAGGUCCAUCUUAUAAUAAUCAUGUAACUUGCAAAAAAACAGCAUUGACAUCAAUUACAAAUACUAAUCUCAAGUACAUAUAAACAACAAAGCAAUUGUUCAUUACAUUAGUUUAAUAAUAUCACAUCAGAAACUCCUCUUCAUCUAAUUAAACAUGUUUCUUAUAUGUAUUUGGCGCAAAAAUCUAUGGAGUUUCCUGGUAGUCAUUACGAGUACGUUUAAUAUUUCAUUUCAUAAACAAUAUUCGUUUUUAAUAAUAAUUAUUUGUUAUUCAUUAUUGCGACUAAAUACAUAGAUUACAGCAGCCAUCAUUUUCGUUUACUGUUUAAUACAACUUCUUUUUUGA